CUGUAUUUAAUACCCUGAUUAUUUAGAAAGCUAUUACUGAAAAAAAAGGUUUUAAGAUUCCAUAAGUAUCCAAACUACAUCUCAAAUCCACAGCUACAUGGAAAGUAUGACACCCUUCGAACGAGUCAUCCCGCAGUGGGAACUAGAGACCAACUGCAAGUAUCCUCGGCACGAGUCGUACGUGCCCGGCAGCACGCUCUGGUCCAUUGUGCUGAGUGUACCGUGCAUACUGUCCUUCCUUGCUUGGGCUGUUUGCAAUGUCUGCAAUGAUGCACUGGAAAUUCUCCUGGCAUGGUCACUGUCGCUCGGCCUCACAGGUUUCCUGACAAAUCUGUUGAAGCUAACUGUGGGACGGCCGCGGCCAGAUUUCUUCUACCGUUGUUUCCCGGACGGCGUGCAGACGGCGGACUUCACGUGCACGGGCGACGCGCGGGAGGUCAUGGACGGACGGAAGUCGUUUCCCAGUGGACAUAGCAGCUUAUCAUUCUGCUCACUCGGCGUCUGCGCGCUCUGGCUGGCGGGUCGUCUAGAAGCCUUAUCGCGACGGCGCGGCGACGCGGCGCGGCUGCUGGUGUGCGUCGCGCCGUUGUGUGUCGCGCUGUGCGUCGCCGUGUCGCGGACGUGCGACUACCACCAUCAUUGGCAGGACGUCCUAGUAGGCUCAAUCCUCGGCCUGUCAGUAGCCUACAUCUGCUACCGGCAAUACUACAACAGCAUCAGCUCGGAGCUGGCCGGGGUGCCGCACGUCAUCUCCAGCCUGACCACGCGCGUCAGCGGCAGGCCCGACAUCAGCCCCGCCAAACAGGCGGAAGGAAAAGACGGUGCAGAAUCCACGCCACUGCUAGUGAACGGCGGAGUGAAGAGGCGGGUCAGCGGGUUCCGAGUUAUAUAAAAGCGACUCGGCGAUAGCAAGGUGGACUAAGCGCCUGGUUCACGACGCCUGGGUUAAGGAUAUCUGUUGUGUAAGUUUUACAGUCUUAGGGAAUCGGGUUCCCUGUACCGAUCUGUACCGGUAACCUGAUUAUGCGAAAGCGCUCACUCACGGAGCAUUUCCCGGAUUUUUUA